AUGCCCAAAGCUGCGAAACCCUCUUCCUCCCUCAAACAGGCCACCCUCUCCUUUACGGCUAGCAAGACCUCCGUGUCUACAAACAAAAAGAAACCUUCAGUGUCGUUCUCCGACUCUGAAAACGAUGAGACCAACGGCCCGAAGACGCGCGGCGCUCUCAGCGAGAAAGCCGCGUCAUUCAAGACUCCGACAAAGAAACGAGUCGCGGUUAUACCGUUGGAGGAGUCUGAUUCGGAUUCGGAGUUAGAGCAGGAGGUCUUCGACGUGGAUGAACCUCUUGACCUUGACCCCAAAGACAGCCGAUGGACGGACUAUCGAAAAGCCAAGCUGGGGAAAGUGAAACUUAUUCAUACCAAACAGCAAAACGUCUUUGACGAUAUCCUACGCAUGUUUGACCUGUCGUAUCAGUAUGGUCCUUGCAUCGGAAUUACGCGACUUGACCGCUGGGAACGCGCUCAGGCAAUGGGACUUUCCCCACCAAGAGAGAUCUACGACAUCCUUGUCUCUAAACAGGCCGAUGACUAUGCGCAAUCCGUCUUUCAUGGCAAAGUUUGA